GCAGCAGCAGCAGCAGCAGCAGCAUAACGUGGAGGAGUACAUGAACGAUUUUGGUGAGGACAGGAGAACAGGAGGCGAAACGAGUAUAAAAGCAGCUGCUGUUUUCCAUCCAACGACUGCUUUGGCUUACCAUCGAAAGCACAUCAUGUAUUUCUUUACUUUACUCGCCACAGUAUCUUGUUGUCUUCUUUACUUUAACUUUGCGCUUCCUGCACUACUUCCUCUCCGUCCAAAGACGCCUUUUCAAUACGACAAGAUCAACACACUGAUAUCCUUUGGAGACUCUUACACAACUCGGUAUCUUGACAUGGAUUCUUUGACGUAUGCUUGUCGAACCUGCACUUCAGCAGGAGGACCCAAUUGGGUUAUCUAUUUAACAGACGAAACACAGUGGAUAAGUUGGGAUUUUGCUUACAAUUCAGCGCCUGUCAAUAACAGUAUAGUGCAUCAGGUGCCAACUGUCAUUGAUGUCAGUACACAAAUGCACAAUUUAUAUCCAUCCUUGUUUGUGACACCUACAGACAAGAUAGCUUCUAUUGUCUCUGAUGUUUACAAAGACCAAAAACGGACUGCUGAUUCCACUUUGGUGACGAUAUGGGUUGGCAUCAACGAUAUUCGAUUGACUUAUACAUGGGACGAUAUAGACACACUUGAUGCAACGAUUAUGAAGAAAUACGAGGGCCUUAUUGAAGAGUUAAUGCAAGAAGGAGAGACUCAAUUUAUGAUGAUGAAUAUGCCGCCACUGGAUCGAGCGCCUCUUUGGCAUAGUACAGAUGAUCAAGUUAGAAUACAGGAACGUGUCAAAGAAUUCAAUAAAAAGUUGAAUGACAUGAUAGAACGUUUGAGAACGAAUCAUCCCAACUGUGACCUUUUUGAAUACGACGCAUGGACUGUUUUCACUGAUAUGCUAAAUCAUCCAGGAGAUUAUGGUAUGACAGACGUAGAUAACUACUGUCCUGACUGGUCACAUCCAACAGAAAGAGGCUGUAAACCAAUAGAACAAUACUUUUGGCUUAACGACCUUCAUCCUACCUAUCAUGUGCACGACUAUUUGGCUAAACACAUCCGCCAAUACCUCAUCAUCCAGUCCUCUUCAGCAGCAACGGAUGCCAAAGUCCAGCAUUUCCACAAAGCGACUGGUUAUCUUAUGUAAGAAUAGUGUGACAUUGUAUAUGAUGGACUAUCUAUGGAUUUAGCUCUUGAAAGGAAAAAGAAGGCACGAAAAAAGCCCUUUCGAUAUUUUUCUUUUCUUUUUCGUUUUUUAUUUAAUUCAUAUUGAAUCCAAGUUGGAGUAAAAAAAUCCAUUGCGCGUCAUUAUUCUUCCAAUCGGGGCAAAAAAUAAACGAAAGAUUUUUUUCCCAUUAUUUUUUCCCUUUUUACUUGCUUUUUUCUUUUUUCCCUUGUUUUCUUUUUUUCCAACUGAUUUUUUUUGCAUUUUUUUAGAAAGAAAAAAAAAAAAAAAAAAUACUUGAUAUAAACACUUGUUACCAAUGGGCGACUCUUUCUUUGG